ACCCCGCCAAUGCCGUCUCCGCCUUUGCUUCAGUCGGUCCCCUUGCAUCUCGACAGCACACUUGGUGCGUUGAUCAUAGCCGAGAUUCUGGUAGCAGUGCUAUACGGCAUCGCCAGUGUGCAGGUUUAUGUGUACCUCCAUCAUAGCCCGCGCGACAGCUCUUUCAUGAAAGGAACUAUAUUCUUUCUGUGGAUCCUUGGCAGCCUCCAUCUCGUGUUUACCACACAUGGCGUAUAUCAUUAUGCCGUGACAAGCUUCAUGAAUCCUCUCGCCUUGACGCAGUGUCCAAGUGUCCAUGCUGACAUGUUUUCUGGUGACCCAAUCGAAGUCACUGUAACCCUCAUCUUCGCGUACAAAAUCUACAGACUCGGCGGAAGUAUAUGGCCACUUGUGCUUAUAAUACCGCCGCAACUUCUCAGCUGGGUCGCAUCCAUUGCCGUUGCUGUACUUGAACUCAAGUUCCCGAGCUAUCACGAGCUGGAGCAACGAUUUGCUUGGGUUUGGUAUACUGUGUUCGGUCUUCAGGCCUUCUCCGACUGUGCCAUCGCGGCUACACUCUGCACGAUACUUAUCAGGCGUCGCACGGGUUUCAAGCGGACCGAUUCAAUUAUUCGCACGCUUAUUCUUUAUAGCAUCAGCACUUGUGCGCUGACCAGUUCUGUGUCCAUUGCUUCCGUCAUCUCCUACACCGCAAUGCCUCAUAAUUUCAUCUUCAUCGGCUUAGGCGUGUUACUGCCAAUGUUGAUGUCCAACUCCCUACUCGCAUUGCUCAACUCGCGUGACACGUUGCGCGACAUGCACGCUGGCCAGGUUGCGUCCGUACACUUCUCAAGACUCGCUGGCGCUCUCAACGACUCCACCUCGCUUGACGGCAGACGAGCGGCUCACGUGCGAGCCGAGGGCGUUAAGGAGCAGGAAAUCAUCAUCAUUGGGGCUCGUAUCCCCGAAGCCUCGUUUGGCUUGGAGUCACAGGUCUCGAGAGGGCAUGUGACCUGAACCCUGCGCAAGAAUGAACAUUUAUCGACCUUCUACAGCUUUUGGUUUGUUACUCGCAUGUCAGCGCCUUCAUAAUAUGCACGCGAUCUAUCGGUCCGGUUGCAUUUAGCAGCGGGAAGUGUGCUCUGUGAUACUGGUUCGACCUCCUGGCGCCGAGUCAACCGGUCUCUUAACGGCGUGCGCGCACUCCGCAGACUCGGGGUGCCCUGGCUCGGCUAUGGGUCCUGGGGCGAUGGCCCGUGCCAGCGCGAAGUCAUCAAUGACCACUUACAGGCCGUUCCAAAGAGGCGACGCUCCAUCCAAUUGCGAGCCGAGAAUGCGUCAAGCCGCCACAUACCGACGGAGUGCGUUGACGAGUCAUGAGGCCUGUAGCAGAAUGGAUCGCGAUGGAGUUUGCCGACGGCG